AUGUCAUCCUCCGCCGCCGCAAAGCGCCUCACCGGCAAGACCAUCGUCGUCACCGGCGCUUCCUCCGGCAUCGGCCGUUCCACGGCUCUGGAGUUCGCCCGCACCGCGCCGCAGAAUGGCCUGCGCCUUAUCCUCACGGCCCGCCGCAUCGACACCCUCAAGGAGCUUGCCGCGGAGAUUACCAAGGAGGUCGGCGAGGGCGUCAAGGUCCUGCCCUUUAAGCUCGACGUGAGCAGCUCCGCCGAGGUCAAGGCCUUUGUCGGGAACCUGCCCGAGGAGUGGAGGAACAUUGAUGUUCUUGUGAAUAAUGCCGGUCUCGUCAAGGGCGUGGCUCGUGCCCCCGAAAUCGACGAGGAUGACAUCAACGUCAUGUUCCAAACCAACGUUACUGGCCUCGUCAACAUGACCCAGGUCGUCCUCCCCAUCUUCCUCGCCCGUCCUGAUGGUGGCCACGGCGACAUCAUCAACGUCGGUUCCAUUGCCGGUCGCGAACCCUACGCCGGCGGAUCCAUCUACUGCGCUACCAAGGCCGCUGUUCGGAGUUUCUCUGAGUCCCUGCGCAAGGAGCUCAUCGCCAGCCGCGUCCGUGUCAUUGAGGUUGAUCCCGGCCAAGUUGAGACUGAGUUCUCCGUUGUCCGCUUCUAUGGCGACAAGUCCAAGGCUGAUGCUGUCUACGCUGGAGUCGAGCCCCUCACCCCCGAUGACAUCGCCGAGGUUAUCGUCUUCAAUGCCACCCGCCGAGAAAACGUCGUCGUCGCUGACACUCUUAUCUACCCCAACCACCAGGCUGGUGCUGGCACUAUGCACCGAAAGGUUUAG